AUGGCUCUCACAAUACUACUCAGUCUUACCUCAGUCUUCUCCUACGUACAAGCAGGACCUGUCCCAUCUCCAGCCCGCGAUCGACCAUGCGCAACCUUCAUGCUACCCGUAUCCGCCACAGCACAAAAUGCAGAAUACGACAUUGUGCCCGUUGCCGACAACAUCAACGCAACCGCCUACGCCGUAGACCAUGAUACCUGGAGUUUCAACAACCGCAGUCACAUUCUCCGGAACAUUACCGUGUCAGGCACAUACAACAUCAGCGUGCAACUCUGCGUCCCACCUCACGGAAUCAAGAAACAGCACCUCUUCAUCGCAACCCACGGCGGCCUCUUCGACAAACGCUACUGGGACUCCGCCAUCAACCCAUCCGAAUACUCCUUCGUCGACAACGCCCUCGCCGCAGGCUACAGCAUCCUAACCUACGACCGGCUCGGGAACGGGCUCUCCGACAAACCCUCCGCCUCCACUAGCGUGCAAGCACCACUACAACUCGAGAUCCUGCGAGGCAUCACCGAAAUGGCGCUCAGCGGCGCCCUCUCAAAACACACAGGCGACCAGCUGAAAGCGAACUCCUUCGACAAACUCAUCCACGUCGGCCACAGCUUCGGCAGCGUCCUGACAACCGCCUUCCUCACCAAAUACGGCACUCUCUCCUCCGCGGCCAUAAUCACCGGCUUCAUCCCCAACCCGUACCUAGCCGACAUGCGCGUGUCGUCCUUCAGCGCCGAAUACGCUCCCCUCAACGACCCCGUGCUCUUCAGCGACCGCUCACAAGGCUACCUCGUGAACGGCCAGCUCACCGGUUUCCAAUCCCUCUUCUUCUCUCCAAAGACAAACACCACCAGCGGCAUCGGCGGCUUCGACAAGGAAGUGUUCGACUACGCGUUUUCGAUCCGGCAGACGAUCACGACGACGGAAUUGUUGGCGCCGCAGGCGAGUUUGGGGCCUGCGUUGCAGUUUGAGGGGCCCGUGCAGGCGGAUUGUGGGGUGGAUUUUGAGAUGGGGAGGGAAGUGUGGCCGAGGGCGAAGAAGGUGGAGGUUUAUACGCAGCCGGGGAAUGGGCAUGCGUUGACGUUGCAUCGCAGGGCGGAUGUGGGGUAUAAGGCUACUUUUGAUUAUUUGGAGAAGAUGGGGCUUUGA